GGAGCAGCCGUCCAGCAGGGAGUCCACCCUCGCAACAGGCACGCUCGCCACCUGCGGUUGUCUCUGCACAGUCUUGAUGUCGAGCCUCGCCCGCUUCCACCCUGUGCACCAUCGAGUCCACCCGGACGACCGCCUCUCACCGUCCAUCGUUGUGAUUGCCGUCUGCGGCAUGGUGCUCUGGGGCGCCGUGGCUAUUCUGUCCAUCGCCGCCGCGGUGCGGCUCUUCAAGAGCCGACGGGAGAUGCGGUGCCGAGGUCGGAUCGACCAGCCGCGGCGGACCUUCUCGCGGCACUUUCUGAGGCCGGCGAGGGUGGCGGUAAUCUCUCCGACGACUCGGCCGGAGCCAAAGCUGAGGCACGCCGCGUUGAGCGUGCGACGCCGCUGCCGCGUGGACCUCGAGAGGUGGAGGGAGCGCCUCCGCUGGCCGAGGAGAGCGGGUCCGUCGGUGCUGCUCGUGUCGGUCUUCGAGACCGCCAUCGACAUAUCGCCGAUGGAGGAGGUGGUCGACGCGUGCCUCGGCCCGGACAUGUACCCGGCCUUCUACGAGCGGCACAUGCAGAUGCAGAUGCUGUCCACGGUCACCUCUCGAGGGUCCAUCUCUACCUACGUCGGCACCGCCGCGGCGACGCUCUCCUCGCUGAUGCUGCAGCGCGCGCGGAAGAGCGACGCGACUGCAGCGGCGCGGAAAAGCGAUGCUGCGGCGGCAGCGGCAACCGCAGUAGCAGCGGCGGCAGCAGCUCGACCACGGCGAGUGACGGUCUCUCCGCCCCGCCGUGCCGCGGACACACCGCAGGCGCCGCUGCGAGGAGGGCUCGAGGCGU